AUGGAAUCACCAGUAAAAGGCAUUGAUUUCAUAAGCAGUUUGCCGGAUUCAAUAAUUCAUCAAAUCUUGGCGCGGCUUCCAGUUAAAGAUGUCCACCACACAUCCGUCUUGUCCAAGGGCUGGCACCGCUGCGUUUCCGAUUACCCUCUCGCGGAGUUGAGAAUCCCAGUUUCCGAUGAAAAUCAGGUGUCUCCCAACAAUAUACAAGGUUUCUACGCGGGAGCGGAGCGCCGCGUACGCGCCUUCUACCAAGAUAUCCCGUCGUCUCUGCGGAGAAGCAGGCUGCAAAUCGACUUCCCCAAUAAACAAUCCCUUCUCUACUGCAACCGAGUUCUGGGUAUUGUGGCUGAUCAGGAAAGAGUGAAAGAGCAGGAUGUUCGUCUCACCGGUUGUCCCUCGGCGCCGAUCAAUACUUACACCGGCUUCCAGAGAAUCUUGGCCGCCGAUUCUCUCGCCGUGCUGGAGCUGAGUCGCUGCAAGCUCACUCUUCAGAGAUUGGAGGUGAAGCUUCCCAAUCUGCGGAAGAUCGGUUUUGUGGAUUGCGCGUUGUCCAGGAGAGAUCGCGUGUUGCACAAGUUCCUGCUGGGAUCGCCGUCCGUCGAGCACCUCCGCAUCCGCAACUGCGACCGGAUAGAGAGAGCCGUCGGCGGUGUCUACAAGAUUGUGAUUCCGGCGGAGAAUCUCAAGUAUUUUGAAUGCGUGGUCCGGAGAUGCUACCCACAGACGGUGACCAUGGACAUCCAGUCCCGGGUUCUCCGCUCUUUCCGUUUCAAGUACUCACCGUCGCCGGCGCGUGGCAAACACCCGCCGCAUUUCAGGAUGAACAUCGACCUCACGCGCCACCCAUCCCUGAUGCAGUUGCGGCUGACAAGGGUGACGUUUCUCCGGCGCUCCGAUCGCCUCCCAAUGAACUUCAUCCCCGGAGCCUUGGCCGCCGUUCAAGAUUUGCGUCUAAAAUUCUGCCGGUUUCAGCCAAGAAAGUUCGUCCCCGACCGCACCAUUCUCACCCAGAGCCUUAGCAGAUUGGUGUUGUAUGAAAACGUAGGAUUCAACCUCGGCGUCAACAUUGUUGCCCCAAGUUUAGUUUCGCUCAAAUACCAUAAUUCUUCUAAGCACCCAUCAAACCCUUUGUCUCACAUUAUCGCCCCAAACCUCCAGGACAUUCAUAUCAAAAUCAAAGCACCCACUCAGCUUUCUCUCAUAGCCUCCAUUAAUGAUGAACUCAAGAAGCUUAGAAUCUAUCCCUAUGUUAACAUACAAUGCUUCCCUCUUCCCAACAAAGAACAGCAAGGGAUAGUGAUGAAACAAAAGCUAUUUGAAGUGAACUGGAAAUCUCAGCUGGAAUGUGAAUCAUUUGUAGGUAAUGGUGUAUGCAUAUCAUCCCGGACUUGCUGAUUUAUUCUCCAUGAUGAAGAUCCCAAUCAUCCAUCAGAAGUCGUU